AUGUCGUCAGCGUCUUCGACCACGGGAAGAAAGAUGGUGCUAAGUACGCUACUGGAGACUGACCACUAUGAGAGUAUAAUCAAGGACCUCACUUGUACCAAAUGCAAACAGUAUAUGAAACCACCAAUAUACCUUUGCGUGGAUGGCCAUAGUAUAUGCGGUAAAUGCUAUGAAAAGAGUUAUCAAUGUCAUAUUUGUCUGAAAGAAUUUGCUCUCAUCCGUCCAGUCGUACUGGAAUCCCUAGCCAAUAAAGUGUUAUUCCCUUGCACUAAUGGAGGAUGCCCAAAACACGCAACACUUCCAGUAUUGGAAAAGCACACACCCCACUGCCAAUUCCGCAUAAUUAACUGUUUCAUGGCUAGAGUUUAUGGUAAUUGUGCAUGGGAGGGUCGGGCUGGCGAAUGGAUGGACCAUUGCUUUUUGGAGCACAAACAAAAGGUGACCGAGUUGCCUUUUAUCACUAUUAAAGAUAAAUGGGAUGCUAAACGGACAGAGCCUGUUCUCAACUAUUUUUUACUGAAAUGCUUUGAAAAGAUUUUCAACGUCUACCAGAUAUACGACAAAAGAGGUGGAAGAAUGAUGUGGACUGUUCUUGUGAAUGAUGAACACGCUGAUAAAUUUUAUUUUGAGGUGGACAUUUUUUUACCAAAUCUUCCAUGCAAAAGGAUCGUUUAUAGACGGCCUUGUAAGUGCGAAAAAGAUGCUGAUUUUCUCGAGCAUACUCAGAACGUGUACAUUCCCGUUGAAAACGUGUUUUCAAUGCUGGACGAGGAUGAAUCACUGAAUUUCACUGUAAGAAUUGGCGAGGUUGAAAACUUGCCCCUACUGGAAACGCCCACGGCGAGCGAAAGCUUGAUACUACUGAACAACGAGGAACAUAAAGAGGAUUAA